UCCUUCAUUACCAUGGCAGAAAAUACCAACCCUAACCCAAACCUUAAUCCCACUGAAGAAGUAGUAGCUAUUACAGUAACUGAUGAAAACACCAAACCUAAAGAAGUUGAAGAAAUAAAGACUACAGAUAAAGUAACCCAAGUGAGAAACUAUGUUGGGUUAUUAUCAAUGCUAACCUUCAUCCUCUCUCUUUUAAUCCUUGCUUCAGUUAUAUGGCUAUUGUACAUGAAAGAUUAUGACUGUGAAAAGCUCUUGAGGUUGCCAAAUCUACAGAUAAGGCUUGGCAUUUUCAUGAUCUUUGUUUUCUUGAUUAGCAACAUUGUUGUUUUCUUUAGAUCUCGAUUUCCAAUACCUGGUUUCUUUAUAGUUAUGGUGCCUUUGAUUGUAAUAUUUACCAUGGGUCUUGCACUUGCUGGAAUGGACAAGAUGGAGAGUAGUAGAAUAAUGGCUACACCUGCUUGGUUUAAAGAAAAAGUUCGUCAUCAUGAUCACUGGAGAAACAUUAAAUCUUGCAUCUAUAAUAAUGGAUUUUGUGAAGACUUGGCUUCAAGAUCAAUGAAUCUAAAAGCAUAUGAGUUCAGUUUGAAAAAAUUAUCAUCCGUGGAGUCUGGAUGCUGCAACCCACCAAAAAUAUGUGAAAUGGAGUAUGUGAAUGCAACAUUUUGGAGAAAAGGAGAAGAGAUGAGUGAAAAAUCUGAAGUGCAAAUAGGGGACUGUGAAACAUGGAACAAUAACAGAAGUAUACUAUGUUAUGACUGUGAGACUUGCAAACAAGGUUUUGUGGGAAUAAUGGAAAAAAAAUGGCGGAAUCUAGGGAUCUUUCUCAUUGUCAUGUCUUUAUUUCUCAUCAUUUCUCAUUUAUCACUCUUCAUUGCAGUCAUGUGGGAGCACUACAAUUAAUGAAUGGAGGCCAGUAAAAUUAG